GGCCUGGGAAGGAGGCAGCGCUCUCAGCUUUGAUCACCGCAGAGGGGCCGGGGCGGGGGUGCCCCUUUUCUCUCUCCUCCCUCGGGCAGCUCUCCGAGAUUGCAUGAGCCCACUUCUGGCCUGGACAGCUGAUGUCAGGUUUCUGCCCAGGCUCUGCUGGGUGGGUCUCUAGGAGCAGCCUGAUGGAGCUUUAAGCGAGCGCCUGCCAUGUGCCAGGACGGCGCUGAGCUAAAUGAACUCAUUGCCUGGUUCUCACGUAAUCCUCCUGGAAAGUGGAAAGACGGACGGGAACCCAGGGGCGCGACUCCAGGGGGGUACAGGCACCGCCUCCCCGAGGCCGCGCGGGUCAGGCCGAGUCUCCUCUGCGUUCCUCCUGGCAGAGCUCUGCAGGCAGCGGGUGUUUUUCCUUUGCGCAGCGUGUCCAGCCUUUCCCCUUCGUGUGCGGGGUCACGUCGUCUGUCCCUCCAUCUCCCUCCAUGGUGACAUCUUUAAAGGGUAGCUCAAUUCUAUGCCAGGGAAAAGCAGUAAUAAUAGCGCUGGUUGCCUUUGGUCCCUGUUCUCCCAGGCGAGGGGGACUUCAUAGGGGUCUCCCUGUGGUGGGAUAAUUCCACCAUCCAAGGAACCGAGAUAAGUUUGAGGGCCUACUAUGUGCCAGGUAUUGUGUUAGGUAAAGGCGGAUAAGAUUUGGGCCCUCCCUCUGUGGGAAGUCUAGUAGAAUCUGGAUAAGAAUUGGCCUCCUUCUCUGUUCCGGCUACUGAGGAACAGAGAGUUAUGUGGAAAAACCCUAUUUUCCAAAAUACUCUCCACUAUUUUGCCUGAAUUGGCCAAUCAUCUGACUUUAAAUUAGAUCGUCCUGUCUGGUUCAUUAAAGGGGACAUUCUUUUCAGACUCCAAACCCCACGAUGAGUUCUUGCAGAAUGACAGAAUUCGGAUUACGCAUUUGACAGAACUUCAGAGACUUGCAGGUGGUGCACUUGCUGUGGAAGUUGAUGUGCAGCCAGCCAGCAGCCUACAUCUUUCUCCAGAACCCCCCGGGCCUGCCUGCCAUUGCCGUCUGCUGGUUUGUGGGCUGCCUCUGUGGGAGCAAGCUCGUCAUCGACUGGCACAACUAUGGCUACUCCAUUAUGGGUCUGGUGCACGGCCCCAGCCACUGCCUUGUUCUGCUGGCCAAGUGGUACGAGAAGCUUUUUGGGCGCCUCUCCCACCUGAACCUGUGUGUGACCAGUGAGAUGCGGGAAGACCUGGCAGAGAACUGGGGCAUCAAAGCUGUGACUCUCUACGACAAGCCAGCAUCUUUCUUUAAAGAGACUCCCUUGGACCUGCAACACCGGCUCUUUAUGAAGCUGGGCCGCACCUACUCAGUGUUCAGGGCCAGCUCGGAAGCCACGGAGAGGUCGGCCUUCACUGAGAAGGAUGCUAAGAGUGGGAUGGUGACACGCCUUCGUGGGCGGCCGGCCCUGUUGGUCAGCAGCACGAGCUGGACAGAGGAUGAAGACUUCUCCAUCUUGCUGGCAGCGUUAGAAAAGUUUGAACAGCUGAUCCUGAAUGGAGAAAGCUUGCCUUCUCUGGUCUGUGUCAUAACAGGCAAAGGGCCUCUGAAGGAGUAUUACAGCCGCCUCAUUGGCCAGAAGCAUUUCCAGCACAUCCAGGUCUGUACCCCAUGGUUGGAGGCUGAGGAUUACCCCCUGCUUUUAGGGUCAGCGGACCUGGGCGUCUGCCUACACAAGUCCUCCAGUGGCCUGGACCUGCCCAUGAAGGUGGUGGACAUGUUUGGAUGCUGCCUGCCCGUGUGUGCCAUGAACUUCUGGUGCUUACACGAGCUUGUGAAACAUGAGGAAAACGGCCUGGUCUUCGAGGACUCAGAGGAGCUGGCAGUUCAACUGCAGAUGCUUUUCUCAAAGUUUCCAGAUCCUGCUGGCAAACUGAACCGGUUCAGGAAGAACCUUCGGGAGUCCAAGCAGCUUCGUUGGGACGAGAGCUGGAAACAGACAGUUCUCCCUUUGCUUGUGGACACAUGACCCGUUGGGCCAAAGACUGAACCCCCUGAGCAUGCCCUGGUGUUGGAUGUCACAAAGAGGGAGACCCUGACAUCCGAUGCGAACCCCUCCCUGCUCUCCUAUCCUUGCCACCAGAAACCUGGUCCGCUUCCCUCCUGCAGCUUCUUCCAGCUGCUGCCCAGUCCCUGGGCAAACUGUAGAGCAGCGCCUCCCAGUGGGUGGCCAUUGCAAGGACAGCAACAGGUGCCGCCUGUGGAAUGUUACUCCCCCCACCCCCUUCCUUUAAACUUUAUUCAGGAGGCAAAUUUUGGCAGUUUCAUGACCUUUUUGGUCAAUAAAAAAAUCCCAUGGUCA